GUCAGUCGGCAGUCAGUCAGUGUGCGCGGCUCGCGAACGGUCGGUGAUCAGUGACCCCCAGCCUGUGAUUGGUGACCCGGCGGUCGGCCCACAGUGACCUCUGACCUCAGGUGAACAGGGCUACAGAGGACGGUGACGACUGGUCGCUGAUAGAGCGGCAACAUGUGGAGACGGGUCGGUGGCCUCCUGCCGGUGCUCGUGGCGCUUGUGCUCCUGCUCCCUUCGGCACCGGCGUACGACAACAUAGACCGACUGGUGGACCAGUUUCUGGCGGUGAACCCAGCGACGCGUCGAUGGCUGCGGUCGGCGGUGGCCACGGGUCGCGCCCUGACCGGUCGCUCGCGGCGCUCCCAGGCCCGCUUCAUCGACCUGCCGUCGCUCGGAUCGCUGGGAUCGGCCGCCGGAUCCAUGCUGCUCGGACCGGGCGCUGAUGACCAGACAGUAGCGCAGGCGGCGUCGCUGGUCCAGCGGCUGAACCACAUGGACCGGCUCGAGUGUGUUCCGCGCAUGCUGUGCUCCGCUGCCGCCGGCGUUCUCGAGCCGUCGCCGCCGACACCGGCACCGGGCGUGGCCGGGCCGCCGUCGCCGCCCACCUCAGGCAGUCUGGGCGGUGGGGUGCGGCCGCCCACCUCCGGCACUCUGGGCGGUGGGGUGCUGCCGCCGGCACCGCCGCCACAGCCCGGUAGGCCGCGGCCCGGCCAGCAGCGGCCGUUCAGUGUUUUCAACCCGGCGGCGCCAGUAGCUCGCUCUGAGCGGCGCAGGGGCCCCGCCGGCCCGCCGUACCGCCGCCGCCGGUACCGCAGUGUCGACACGGCCGGCGCCGAGCAGCCGCACCGCCGGCAGAAGCGGUUCACACAGGCCGUCAACGGCUUCCUCAGCGUGCUGGACAGCAUGGCCCGUCCGUAUUCGUUCUAUCCGUACAGCCACGCGCUGAUGAUGGGCGGGAUGACGGAGUCGCGCGACCGGUGCGCCCAGCUCUACAGCCGCUGUCCCACCGACCGCGACGGCUUCCUCAACGUCUUCAACAACAUGAACCGCUACUUCCCCGGCGGACUGCAGUCGUUCAUGCCUGACUUCCUGCCCAAGUUCGAGAUGCCGGCGCUGGAUGCGUUCCUCCCCAACGGACGGUGAAGGGCGGGAGUAAGGAACAGACGAUGGAGGACGGGUGGAAGGAAUGGAGGGAAGCGAUAGCGAGUUCGUUUGUUUGUAACGUUGUUAUGUUAGGUAUAUAGCGAUGCCUCAGGACUACAAAGGGAUUGAAGCCAUACGGCUCAAACAAAGCGAAUACUGCUACCAUUAUAGAGUUAAGUGGCUGUUACACUUCGAAUGGUACUUACACUUCGUCCGGAGUCUUCUGUCUACAAAAUGUAUUCAGAAUGGUAGCGCCUAAAUAAUGCAUUGUUAUUGUUUUCAUUCCAGCAGCAUCGUUGACUGUUACCCAUUCCACAUUAGUUUAGGUGAUUUGGGCAACCGCGCUCAAAAGCAAGUGUAAAGAAUGUUGUAAUUCGUCUGCAACAUUGCAGUGUUCGUAUAUGUAUUACCGAUUACGCCCCUUUAAAAUGAGCUCCAUCGCUCAGAUGUUCAAGAAUGUUUAGUAGGUAAUAAGGUAUGUCUGUAUUUAUGCAUGAAGGCUGCUUAUUGUACACUAAACAAAGACUACAUUGCUUAGAAUAUGGAAUCGAUACACAGCUAGAACAUGUGCAGUGCCUUCUCUCGUAAUUGCUCAACACUCAUGCUUGAUAAAGACGCUAACGCCAUUCCUAUGGAAGCUGCCUUCACCGUUUUUAACGACUUAUUUGUGAGUGUAAUGAAUCAGACUAGCCACAUUUCUUACUGGUAGAUAUAUUCGGAACAAAACAGUUUUGUUUCCUAGGCAGCAUGUGUAUCUGACGUGUAGCAUUGAAAUGCAAUCAGAUAAUCAUGUUGUUUUUGGUUGACGUGCGAAGAGAACCUCUCCACAAGUUAACAACGCUUUAUCACGUUCUCUCCUUGGGGACAAGCAUGAACUCAAUUAAAGUUGAUUAACUCCGUUAGGUCGAUUGCAACGAAGGCUUAUUGCAAGUUGCAACCCUGUGCAAUGAAAUAAACGACGACUUUUGCUUG